UUGUUCCUAUGUGCUGACGUGGCCUUUGAAAGUGGCUUUUGUGUGCAGCCGGGAGACCUGGUUUCAGAUGCCAGCCGGAGCAUCUUCAAGCUCAUUAAUAAUGGAGGCGUCUGACAGGAGCAGCUUUCGCUUGCUUUGUUUCCACUGUAGAUGAAAGGGGACAUGGAUCUUUCUGUUUUGCCCAAUAACAACCAUCCUGACAAAUUCCUGCAGCUUGACGUGAAGUCUUUAAUGAGGAGCUCAACCCUUCUACAGGCUAGCCUCGCGAGAUUUCCGGGUGGAAAUUAUCCUGCUACACAACACUGGCAAAACCUUGUCUACUCACAGAGGGAAAAUAACGCUGCUACUCAACGAACUAAGGGAAUUAGCGGGGAGAGCCCAGUCCUUCCUGACAGCCCUCCACCAUCCGUGUCUCCAGUUAUGAAGAAUAACCCAUUAUAUGGUGACGUAAGUUUGGAAGAAGCUAUGGAGGAAAGAAAAAAGAAUCCUUCAUGGACUAUUGAAGAGUAUGAUAAGCAUUCUGUGCACACAAAUCUCUCCGGACAUCUGAAGGAGAACCCCAAUGACCUGCGCUUUUGGCUGGGGGAUAUGUACACUCCAGGUUUUGACACUUUGCUGAAAAAGAAGAAGAAGCGCAACAAGCGAUCAAAAUUAUGUCACAUGGGUCUGAUUUUACUCGUCGUGUCCUCCAUCUUGGUUACCAUAGUGACACUCAGCGCCUUAUUCGCCUAAGAAAAUUGCAGUCGCUUCUUUAAAGCUCUCAAACGCCUUCUAAAUCCUUACAGGGAAACCUGUCUGUGCGUUGUGAACAUAUGCGUUGCUGACUGUGUGAACUAAACACCGUUGUCCUAUAGAGUGUGAGUGAGCAUUGCUUGUGUUACACUAGCCUCUGCUUUGUUCCAUGAAACGUGUGUGUGAUUCCGGCCUGGGGUUUGUGCUUUGUGACACAGAUGUUUCCAAGCCACUCCCUUCAUGCAACCACAACCAAGCUUUAUGAUAGCAGAGAGCAUUAAGGACUGGCAGCUGCUUGUCUCGGAGCUCAUUUUGCUUAUCUGAUUUUCACCGCACCAUUCCUUCCUUUUCCCCUGGGCCCUGGGGAAGCUCCAGCCAAUCUAGCCAACUGCUGGGGCUACGGGAAGGCUUCUGCUGAGCUAUCAGUCAGUUUAGAUGUGCUUUAUUUUCCUUUCUCUCUGUUGAAGUUAGAGGGGAAAAGAAAGUGGAAGGGAGACGAUGGUCAAACCUAUUCUAAUUUCCCUACUAAUCCUUUGUAACGAUCCAAAUUUAUGUUAGUGUUUUAGCAGAAAUAAACUUGGUCAGCCGUUGUGGUAGAAUCAAUUCCAUUAUACCCAGUUGCCUUUGUGGAUUAGGCGCCAACAAGUGGGACCUCUAGUGGCAGUGGGUACAUGUUCACCAGACAUAGGGGGUGGGGACCUGGACAGACUCCAGGAAAGCUGCCACCCCUGAGUAUUCAGCUGAAUGACAGUUAGGCCUGAACAAAAGAUUGUGCGAGGAGGAAGCUAGCUUCAGGGAGAAGAGUGGCUGCCUUGUAACAGUAGCUUUUGCUUCAAUGGGUAUGUCAUUUCCAAUGCUUGUUGACAUCCUUCUCCUGGGUGCAAGUACCUGGAAAAAGCCCCAUGACACAGAGAAUCAUGUCUGCCCUGUCCUCCUCCCAGGAAAAUCUUCCCUAAGGUCCUCAGUGUCACGCAUAGAGCUUUGUAGCAUAUGAAACAAGAUUGUAGCAUAUGAAACUCUUUUUCUUUUUCCCAAAGAGUGCUGUCCUCUUGUGCCCUUUGAUAAUGCCUUACCAUCUCGCUGUAUUGCUCAUAAAGGUACUUGAAGUAAGGUGUAUAAACCGAGAGUUUACCGGACAAUAAAUCAUUGUGUACAAAGCAAAA